AUGGGGGUAAAUAAGAGAGGCCGGGUGAAGAACUUGACUGCAGGGCGGCCUCCAACCGUCUUGAAACCGAAGUCGAUAUCAAGAAAAGCUACCAGGACAUUAAUUAAUUCUCACCAUGUCCUAGAGAAGAAGAAAGCCCAAGCUGUCGCUAAAGGUGAUAUAGCUACGCAGGCUGCAGUCGAAGCCGAGAUUGCUGCCCUGGGCGGCCUUGAGAAGUACCAACAAGCCAGCCUUCAGGGCCAACGCCUCGACCGCGGGGGAGACAGCUCCCGUGUACUUAUGGAAUGGCUCAAGUCGAUGGACCCGAACUUCACUUCUCUUGAGGGAGCUCGGUUGAGGAUGCUUGAAGUGGGUGCGUUGAGUACUACGAAUGUAUGUUCGAAGAGUGGUGUCUUCGAUAUGGAAAGGAUAGACUUAAACAGUCAAAGCGACGGCAUUUUACAACAGGAUUUUAUGAAAAGGCCGCUACCUAAAGAUGAUUCUGAACGGUUCGACAUAAUUAGUCUUUCGUUGGUUCUGAAUUUCGUCCCUGAUGCUAUGGGACGAGGUGAGAUGCUUCUCAGAACUUUGGAAUUUCUAAAGGGGCCUGAGACAGACAGCUCAUCUCAGCUACGUGAUAUCUUUCCAAGUCUGUUCUUGGUUUUGCCAGCACCAUGCAUCACCAACUCAAGAUACAUGAACGAGUCUCAUAUGGAGUCUAUCAUGAGAGCACUGGGAUACGUAAGAGCCCAGAGCAAAACCACUCAGAAACUCGUCUACUACCUUUGGGUCAGGAAUUCGCCGCUCCAAUCGCCUCUUACGACGUUCAAGAAAUUAGAACUUCGAUCUGGCCACUCGAGAAACAACUUCGCCAUCGUGAUUCGCGGCUCAUCAGGGUGA